UCAGUUUGAAGAGCGACACCGCUGCUGUUAAAAGGCACACGUGGGGAAAAGAGCUCAUUGAUUUUAUACAGGAAAAAGAUUAUGGACUGUUUACACACGGAGGUGAUUCUUGACUUACAACCGCUUGAGAGAAAUACAAAUUAAAACCUCCAACAGGCUGUGGCUGAAUUAGAAGAUGGCAACAAAAAAAAAAAAAAAAAAAAAAAAAUGCGCUUGGGAUCAAAAUGGGGGAGAAAAUCAAAUUAAUUAAAUCAGCACAGUAGAUUCUCUGUAAAUCGUACAACUUUAAGUCGGCGUCCAAUUGUGAAGCGACUUGUUACGCUGCUUAAAGCAUCUGUCGGGCAGCCGGGACUUAAAAGGCUCCAAAAUAAGAUGAUUUGGUAACAUCAAGGCUUUCCCAGCGGUAAUGAUUACAUUUGGACUUAAGAUCCAUGCAAGAAUUUGUAGCCCAGUAAAUCUCUCGACUUCCCUGCCCCCACCACUCUUCAAAAGCCUUGUCAUUCAAAGGGUUAGGAUGUUUGACAAUCCCAGCUUGUACUACUCCACCAAUUAAUUGGAUACGUUGUCGGGAUGUUCGUUUCUCUCAUCUGCUACUUAGAAAGACAAAGGAUCGAUGGGGGGCUGUUGACACCUCUGUGUCCGGGUGGAGUAUAAAUGAGGAGCCUCUGCUGAGGAGAACCAUUCACUCUCUCGCUGCACUUGGAGCAACAACUUGUUUUUUUUCUACGAAGACCUUCGAGAUCUUACUUUUCCUCUUUUUUAAAAAAAAAAAAAACAUCUGGCAGAAUGCAGGUGCCGAACAGACCCGUCGGAGCUUAUGGAUACUCUGUGCGUAAUUACGCACCAGCGUCGCUGUUCCCGCAAUACCAGGGGAGCCAGUGCGCGUCAUCAACGAAGCCUCCCAGUGGAAAAUCUUUCACCAUUGAUGCUUUGCUCGCCAAGCCGGAGGACACAACCGGCGGCCGGACGAGUCCUUCUCAAUGCGGAGUGAAAUAUCAGCCAGCUGCUCCGGUCCUGCCUCUCAGCGGACACGUAGGCUUACCCAUAGCACCGGCACCGUACGUCUACUCUCCAAACAUGUUGCACUCAGCUGUUCACACACAGCCUGGGUAUUCAAUCUACUGCUGCCCGCCGUUCACAUACCAGUCAACGUGUCGUGGAGCAUUUUACGCACAAGCUUCAAUGUCCAAAGUCAACGCAGGCCUGCAUUCGUUCAAGACCAAAGGUGGGAAGUCCAAACGGAUGCGCACCAGUUUCACCAGCGAGCAGCUGUCCCGGCUGGAGAAGGAGUUUGCCCGGCAGCAGUACAUGGUCGGAUCAGAGAGGUUCCUCCUGGCCUCCGCUCUGCAGCUCACAGAAGCUCAGGUCAAAGUCUGGUUCCAGAACCGACGCAUCAAGUGGCGCAAACAGAGUCUGGAGCAGCAGCAGGCCAAGCUGGCCAAACUGGGCCUGGCCGCUCCGCCAAAAAGCCCCGGAUCUCAAGGGCACGGAGACGAAGGCGAUGAGGAUGAGGAGUUCUCCGACUCAGACGUGGACAUCGACGUGUCCGAUGACUCCACUGACCACUGCUAACCCGCCGCCACUGGACUUUUCAAAACAAGACUUUUUGUACAUAACCGCUGAGAAAGGAGGCCUCUGUCUCCAGCUACGAGUAUUUAAUAGAUGUAUAGUUAUAUAUUUAAUUUUCUACA